AUGAAUUCCACAAAUAUUAUAAUACCUCUAAAUGACGAUGCAUCCGAGAAACAGUCUCGGAGAAAGUCUUUUAUUGAAAUGCGUCGAAGGUCUUCUCCUUUUACAACACCAACUAAAGCUUCUGGGAGUAACCAACAAGUGACAACCCCAAAAGGGAAUGGUGUUAAUUCAAGAAAAUCUUUUAUCGAAAUGCGUCGAAGGUCUUCUCCUUUGACAACACCAACUAAAGCUUCUGGGAGUAACCAGCAAGUGACAACCCCCAAAAGAAAUGGUGUUAAUUCAAGACAGCUGGAAGUUGUUACGCCGAUUCCUAAAAUUCCGGUUGAACAAAUGUCCGUUAAUUUUGAGGAGUGGAUGAAAAUGGCGACUGAUAACAAAAUCAAUGCUAAUAACAGUUGGAAGCUCGCGCUCAUUGAUUAUUUUCAUGAAAUGAGCUUAUUAAAGGAAGGAGACUCUAUAAACUUCCAAAAGGCUUCUUGUACGCUAGAUGGGUGUGUGAAAAUCUAUACAUCACGUGUUGAUUCUGUUGCUUCCGAAACUGGAAAAUUAUUGAGUGGUCUUGCAGAUAGUUCCAUAAAAGAUGAUGAAGCUCCAGAAAAUGAGGAAGAAGAAAGAGAAUCAGAAAAACGUGCCCGUAAGAAGACAACAAGAACAGAAGCAACUUUGGUAAAAGAUUAUUCUGUCUUAAUGGCGAAAAAAUUGAAUGUGGAAUUCUCAGUCGAUCCUCUGUUUAAAAAAACAUCGGCAGAUUUUGAUGAGGGAGGCGCUCAAGGAUUACUGUUGAAUCGAUUGUCUGUAGAUGAUGACGGGAAGAUAAUUUUUGAUGCAAGCGAUGCUAUCGCCGGAGACAACAAUAAUAAGAAUGUGCCUUCCGAAGGCGAUAAUGAUUCUGAUCUAAAAAUCGACAUUACGAAACUUCGCUUUGAAUUCCUUUCUGGGCUUCAAGAAAUAUUUAAUAAGGAUAUUAUGUGUCCCUCAAUCUUGGAUAAAUUCGAGUUUUCAACAGAAAAUAUGAUGAAUAUCACAAAUAGGGAUGGGCGUGAUGAUGUUGAUAUCGAAGAAGAAAUUAAUAGUCAAGCUCCAAUUAAUGAUGAAAUUAAAGAAAAUGACUUUUUUGAAGAAAAUUAUGAAACACUCGGAGAUGGAUUUGCUGAGGAUAUUAUUAUGGAACAAGAAGACCUGGCAGGCUUAGGAACUCAAGAAAUUGUUAUAGAAACCUCUCAACGACGCUUAUCACAAAGAGAAUUAGUAAUGGCAAUGACUACCAAUCAAAAUGAAAUGUUUUCUUAUUUUGAUUCAGCAUUCUUACGCAAUUGGGCGGGUCCAGAGCAUUGGAAAAUGAAACGUAUAGCAAAAGAAAAGCCUCAGAAUGCUACAAAUGACGAAUCCAAAAGGAAAAAAGAAAAAAGUUCAUCUGUUAUCGACUUUAUCGAAUCCGAUGAGAUUGAUGAAAAAGCAAUAUUUGUAAAAGGGGGAGCCACUAUAAAUUUAGCUAGAUCUGCUGAAUAUGGUUCUCGAAAUUAUUUACUUCCAGACGAUAUGCAUUUUAAUUCGAAGAAAAUGCUUCGCUUAUUUUUGAAGCCAGAAUUCACGAUUGGUUUGGGAGGUCGCUCAGGAUCUGCUGAAGUCGAAGGGAAUAAUGAUGUCAAUAAUAAUUAUUGGGGAGAGCAAAUGGGACAUGGUCAUGUAGAUGAUGAUCAAGCAUCUUUCCCGGAUAUGACAAUGGUUACUCAUGGUGAAACAUUUUUCCGAGAAGAUGAAUAUCCUUUCGAGGAGGUUGAAGGGGAUUAUGGUAAUCAAUUAAUAUCCCAACCGAAAAAGAUUAAACCUGCUUUUGUCAAAUAUGCUAAGACAGCCAAACGAGUCGAUGUCAAAAAAUUAAAAGACAAUAUCUGGAAAACAUUAGCUGAUUCAUCUGAUAAGACAACAUUAGCUAAACCUGGCGAUCAAGCUAUUCAUGAAAAAAAAUUCACGAGCAUAAUUGAGAAUCUCAAGAAGAUUUACCCGGACCGUAAAAUGAAAGAUAUUUCAGUGUCAUUUUGUUUCAUUUGCUUACUGCAUUUGGCAAAUGAAAAAAAUUUGAAAAUAAUUGGAAAUGAGAAUUUGUCUGAACUGAGGAUAUUAUCAGAGCAAGAUAACGUAACUGAUGCCUUUAAGACUCCCGAGCUACUGGGAAUGAAUCAGAUAUUCCG